UUGAGAAUGCGAUGGAUUCUCUCCUGGAGCUGUCUGUAGCAGCUGAGCAUGUUGGCCCCCUCCCUCCCCUCCUCUCCGGGUUUGAGCUUACCGCAGCUCUCCUCAGCCCCCAACACAACUCCUCCGAACCAGACCUUCCCCCACCCUCCUACGGGGAGUCAGCUGUCCCCCUCUCCCCUCCCCGACGGGCCCCUCCUCUCCGCAGCGAAGAUAACCAGGACCUGACCACUGACUUGACAGAAGAGUUUGAUGUUCUGAUCGACCGUGAGCUGGAGAAUCUUACCAUACAGCAGGAAGCUGGAGAGAGGGACCACGGUGAUCUUCACUCCUCCUCUUCCUCAUCCGUCUCUUCCCUCUCCUUCCUCGUUCAGCCCCCGGGCGCCCAGCAGCAGGCCCUGCCACAGCCGCUCCAGUCCAGCCCAAGAGCCUCAGCCUCCAGGAGGGGGCUCCCAGGGGACCAGCCAUGCCCAGACAGGGUGUUCUCAGCUGGGCAGGCUAGCGGACCUCACUCCCCUGUCUCUGACCUGAGUCUCAACUUCUCUGGAGGAGCAGCCGGUUACCGGCGGCAACGGUCAACACUGGAUUUCAGUCAUCUGACUUCAUCGCCAUCCGAGACGGACAGAACAAAACCCAGCCUGCUUUUGGACCCAGGGGCCGCCGAUCGCCCCUCUGCAUUCCAGGCAUACAGGAAACUGGACCAGUUCACUGUUCAUCCAGAGGGCGAGCGGACCGUACCACCAGGUGGCGUAGUAAGGGGGGCGAGGACGAAGACGAGCGUCGCAGGAGAAGAAGAGCGACUCAACAACCCGCCGUUCUGGAAUACUCGAGCGCCGGAGUUCCAACCGCAUGUCCGCGGAAAUCAGGCAACGGGGCCGGCAUUUAUCGUCCCUGUAGCGCUAAGCCCCUCCUCCUGGCACACCCGAGCCACACCCGCCUCCCACUGGUUGGCCCAGGGCCCUGUCGGUCAAGCCGCAACCGUACCCAGGUCUUGGACAGGGGGUGUGUCUGCUGGCCCCAGAGCACCCCUCCUCUCUGGGCAACAUGGUAGGCUCCGGCUGGAGGGGCGUGUCCUAGUGCUGCUACGGGGAGCUCCUGGGUCGGGCAAGUCCACCCUGGCCCGGGCCAUGCUGGAACAGAACCCACAUGGGGUGGUGUUGAGCACGGAUGAUUAUUUCUGUCGUCAUGGGGACUAUCGCUACGACCCCUCAGCUUUAGAGGCCCACGAAUGGAACCACGCUAGAGCCCAGGAAGUGAUGGAGGCCUCUUUCUCUCCUGUUAUUAUUGACAACACCAACCUGCAGGGCUGGGAGAUGAAACCCUACGUAACUACGGCUCUGAGGCACAACUACAAGGUUUUGUUCCGGGAGCCUAGUACCUGGUGGAAGAACAAACCCAGGGAACUGGAGAGACGUACUAGGCACAGUGUUAAAGCAGAGAAGAUCCGUUGGAUGAUGGAAAAUUAUGAUCGUCACGUGACCAUUCACUCCAUCAUGGGGAGCUCUCACCCCAAACUACCCCCAAUUAUGACCCAACACGACCCCCUCAUCACGACGCCAAACUACCCCCAACAGGACCCAACACGACCCCCCAUCACGACGCCAAACUACCUCCCCAACAGGACCCAAGCCCACACCAUCAGGAGGCCAAACUACCCCCAACAGGACCCAACACGAGCCCCCCCCAUCACGACGCCAAACUACCCCCCCAACAGGACCCAAGCCCACCCCAUCAGGAGGCCAAACUACCCCCCAACAGGACCCAAGCCCACCCCAUCAGGAGGCCAAACUACCACCCCACCAGGAGACCAAACUACCACCCCACCAGGAGGCCAAACUACCACCCCACCAGGAGGCCAAACUACCACCCCACCAGGAGGCCAAACUAGCCCACCCCACCAGGAGGCUAGCCCACCCCAUCAGGAGGCUAGCCCACCCCAUCAGGAGGCUAGCCCACCCCAUCAGGAGGCUAGCCCACCCCAUCAGGAGGCUAACCCACCCCAUCAGGAGGCUAGCCCACCCCACCAGGAAGCUAGCCCACCCCACCAGGAAGCUAGCCCACCCCAUCAGGAAGGCUAGCCACCCCAUCAGGAAGCUAGCCCACCCCAUCAGGAGGCUAGCCCACCCCAUCAGGAGGCUAGCCCACCCCAUCAGGAGGCUAGCCCACCCCAUCAGGAAGCUAGCCCACCCCAUCAGGAGGCUAGCCCACCCCAUCAGGAAGCUAGCCCACCCCAUCAGGAGGCUAGCCCGUCACAGCCCAAGUCCUCAGACGAGGCCCGCCGCGACCUGAUAGGAGAGCAGCGAUUGGUCCAGGGCUCUGAGAGGUCCUGCCCCCAGCUCUCCUCCUCGCUUCCCGACGUGUCGUCGGUCGGCCGCUCCGGGAGAGCCAGAACCCCGGGUCACAGCUCUGCCCACGGUUCCACAGAGUCCCUCUCCCUCAGUGGAAAGGCCUCGGAAAAAUGUGGAAUUCUGGACAAUUCUAAAAUUCUGGAUGAGGAGGAUAUUAUUGAUUUAGGAGCGGUGGCUUCUGAACCGGAAGCUCCGUGGCAACCGGAGGAUGAGGGGAAAAGGGGGGAGGGAAAGGAAGAGACAGGAAUUCCCCACUGUCUGGUGGAGUCUGUGUUUAGUGCAGAUCUCCAUGGUGACGACGAGAGGCCCGUGGCUUUCUCCGAGUCGAUUGGUCAGAGGGUGAGGAAAGAGAGGAGGAGUAGAACUAGGAAGACGGACUCUGAUAGGCUGGAGCCUGCUGUCGUAGUGAAGGACGCUAGCCAAUCGGUGAGCGAGGGGGAUGGAGGAGGGAAGUUGGUGGGAGAAAUGGGUGAUGGGGGAGAGCAGGUGUGGGAUGUGGGAGAGAGGGUGAGGGAUGGGGGAGAGAGGGUGAGGGAUGUGGGAGAGAGGGUGAGGCCUGAGUUUGUUGGAGACUGGCCUUCAGAGGAGGUACUGGAGCAAAGAAGAGGAGGAGGAGGAAGGAAUGGGAGGCGCCCUGGGAGGGAGGAAGAGGGGGAGGAGGCAGGUCCCAGAGGCAGCCAAUCAGAAGGGCAUCCUGGUCGCGAGCCUCAUGUCACAGAGUUCCAGAAGCUUCUAGAGCUCUUACAGACGGGUGUUGACUCCUUCCCCCUGCCCACCUGCCCCUCCCCCGUCCCCUCCCUUGUCCCCUCCCCCGUCCCCUCCCUUACCUCAGACCGUUCACUUGGAGGAGGAGGAGGAGAGAGGGGUGUGGCAGGAGGGAGGAGAGGGGAGGCUGAUAAAGACCGAGUCCUGAGUCGGGAGGAAUUACCUGACUGUGUGUCGCCUAACUCAACCCAGGUGGUUGGAUCCAACACCGUGGAGCAGAGGGAGGGAGAGACCAUUCAGGCCGCCGGAGAGGGGGGGACUCAGGGUUUAGUUGAGAAAGACUUGUUGGAGGUAGAAGGAAGCCAUCUUGGUAAGGUCAGUCAGUGUACUGAUAGUGACAGCCAUAUUGGUGAGGGCAGUGUGGAAGCUGGUGAAUGCAGCCAUGUUGGUGAGGUCAGUCAGUGCACUGACGCUAGUGAGACCAGGGUGGAAAGUGAAGUCGGCCAUCUUGGUAGAGGCAGUCAGUGUACUGACGCUAGUGAAACCAGGAUGGAAGGUGAAGUCGGCCAUCUUGGUGGGGGCAGUCAGUGUACUGACUCUAGUGAGACCAGGAUGGAAGGUGAAGUCGGCCAUCUUGGUGGGGGCAGUGAGGAGCGGAGGCAGAGGGCUGAGCCUGACCUCGACCCUAACCCUGACCUCGACCCUAAUCUCCACUCUGACCUCGACCCUAACCCUAACUCUGACCUCGACCCUAAUCUCCACUCUGACCUCGACCCUAACCCUAACUCUGACCUUGACCCUAAUCUCCACUCUGACCUCGACCCUAACCCUAACUCUGACCUUGCCCCUAAUCUCCACUCUGACCUCGACCCUAAUCUCCCUUCUGACCUCGACCCUAAUAUCCACUCUGACCUCGACCCUAAUCUCCACUCUGACCUCGACCCUAAUCUCGACUCUGACCUUAGCCCUAACUUCGACCUUAACCCUAACCUCGACCCUAAUCUCGACUCUGACCUUAACCCUAACCUUAACCCUAAUCUCGACUCUGACCUUAACCCUAACCUCAACCCUGACCUCAAACCUAACCUCGACCCUGUCCUUAACCCUAACCUCGACCUCAAACCUAACCUUCAACCUGACCUCUACCCUAAUCUCAACCCUGACCUUAACCCUAACCCCCACCGCCCCUCCCCUCCUCCAUCAUUGGCCGACACAGAUCGCUCCUCCCAGACCGACCCGCAAGACUUCGCCUUCCUCUGGCGUCUCGACCACAAUCGUCACGACAACCCAACCGAGGCCGCGGGAGACCACUUUCCCCCUAACAACACCCUCGCCAUUCUCCACGGCAACCCUUCCCGUUUCCUCCCAGAGGUAUCGGCGGCGGUCUCGGCCGGCGUUGCGGUUCACCCCUCCGGCCAGCGCGUGGUGCCGUACCGUGUGACGCACGAGAAGGGGAGCCAGGUGGAGGAGAGGGAGCUGGAGGAGGGCCGGACCAGACAGCAGAACCUCGUCAUUCUCAGACGCCAUUUUAAACUGGUCAACAGACACACUCUGGAGGACCUCUAUGACACGUGUCAGCAGGAUCUGGAGUGGACCAGUAAUCUGUUGCUAGACUCUGGGGAGAGACUGUUCCUUGAGGAAGAGGAGGAUGAAGAAGAGGGUGAUGAAGAUCUGGACAUGGCCGUAGGUGUGUUCCUGGAGGAGAGGACGGAGAGGCAGGUUACGCCCCCAGGAGAACAGGCUUCGGCCUCCAGCGGUUCUGGUAGUGAGGCGGUUGUAUUGGGAAGAGGGGAGGAGGAAGAGGAGGCGUGGAGGACAGGAGGGGGCGUUGACGAAGGGGUAGGUGGGGUUAGUGGACUGACCCAUCCGGUGUCUGGGGGUGGGGGCGGCUCAGAUGAACAAAACACCCCCUUGGGAGAGUCCACUCGUCUGGAGCACAGACCACCAGGAAGAGAUGUGGAGGAGCAGGAAGUGGUUCGGGACUCGGAGAGCGGAGCUGGCGGAGAGCAAUGGGAGAAAUGGGAGAGGGAGGAGGAAGUGGAGGGAGACGAGGAGCUGUAUUGCGUCGACGAGGUGACCCAGUCGCUCCUAGCCCAGCUGGAGGAGAUGGAGAGGAGAGAGGAGGAGGAGGAGAGGAAAGGGAGGAAGGAGAAGGAGAAGAGGAGGGACAGACUCGUGGACAUCCAGAGUGUUGAACUGAAGCUGCCUACAGAACUGGCUCUGCAGCUGGUUGAGCUGUUUGGCCCUGUUGGUGUCCUACCAGGUGUGUGUUCUCCUGAUGACUACUCUGUGAGGAUGGACCUCAACAUGGCCAGACUGCUGCACCAGAAAUGGAAGGACACUGUCCAGGAGAAGCAGAGACAAGCAGCACUCUCCUACCAUCUACUACAAGAGAGCUCUGUCCACUGGGGCGAAUCACAGACGGCCAAAACCGGGCUCAGGGACGGGUCACGCUCAGCUCACUUCCUGAUUGGUCCAGACGGCUUUGCGUCUCCGAGCGGCCAAUCUGAGGCUCGGGAUGAGUUGCCAAUCCUGGACCACUGGAGUGUGUCCCGCCCUCAUGUCUCUCUCAGAGACAUCAUGACUGAAGAACGGGCUCUACAGGAGAACAUGGAGAGGUCUGGUCCAGGUGGUGUUAAUAGGAGAGAUGGAGCUGCCAUGAUGAAGGAGACUCAGCUCUUUGACCUGUUCCCCAGCAUAGACAGACACUUCCUACAGGACAUCUUCAGAGACCACAAUUACUGUCUGGUGCAGACGGAGCAGUUUCUGAGGUCUAUGUUGGACGAGGGCCCUGUGAGAAACGUUGUGGCUCCAGAGCACACCCCCCGUACUCACAGCAAGGAUCGAGACAAGGUACACACAACCCCCGUACUCACAGCAAGGAUCGAGACAAGGCACACACACACACCCCCGUACUCACAGCAAGGAUCGAGACAAGGUACACACACACACCCCCGUACUCACAGCAAGGAUCGAGACAAGGUACACACACACACCCCCGUACUCACAGCAAGGAUCGAGACAAGGUACACACACACACACCCCGUACUCACAGCAAGGAUCGAGACAAGGUACACACACACACACCCCGUACUCACAGCAAGGAUCGAGACAAGGUACACACACACACCCCGUACUCACAGCAAGGAUCGAGACAAGGUACACACACACACCCCCCGUACUCACAGCAAGGAUCGAGACAAGAAGUGUGCAGCAGCUCCAGUGGCCCCUCCACAGUCCCUCUCUCAGUACCAGGAUGUGGAGGACCCAGAGUAUGAAGACUUCCGAGCCGAGGCCAGGCUCCAGAGAGGCAGACAGCUGGAGAGCUUCAGCAAGGCUGCAGAGGCUUACAGACAGGGACGCAAAGAUGUAGCCUCCUACUAUGGACAACAGGGUCAUCUCCAUGGUCAGAAGAUGCAUGAAGCCAAUCACCGAGCGGCGGCCCAGAUCUUUGAGCGGGUCAACUCCUCCCUGCUGCCUCAGAAUGUUCUAGACCUCCACGGACUGCAUGUCGACGAGGCCUUACUCCACCUGUCACAGGUGUUAGAGAGGAAGACCACAGAGUGUCAGCAGGGUGUGUGUAGGUCUCAGCUGUCAGUUAUAACAGGAAGAGGGAACCACAGCCAGGGAGGAGUGGCUCGUAUCCGCCCUGCUGUCAUAGACUACCUCAACACACAGGGCUACAGGUUUACUGAGCCUAAGCCAGGUCUGUUGUUGGUGUGUCUGAACUGAGAUGAAGCUGUCAUGUGACUGACUGUCCUUAUCAAGACACUACUGUCUCCUCCCCCCUCUCCCCUGGAAUCUACCUCUACCACUUCCUCUCUCACAUACACAGAAAACACACCCUCUCUCUCUCUCUCUCUCUCUCUCUCUCUCUCUCUCUCUCUCUCUCUGUCUCUC